AUGAAUCCUGUCGCCUUGGCUGCUGUGCUCUUCGUAGGGCAAGUAGUGAUAGGAACUGAGGAAUCAUGGUGCAUACGUCUUCCAAGUAAGAAGUAUGGAGACUUUAAGGAUGGCCUGAAAGAUCUUCUCAAAGACCAAUUCCCCGAGAAGGAGUUUAAUAACGAAGAUCUAGUAUUUUCUUUUGUGGUUACUGGGCUCAACGGCGAUCGAAAGACUACAACCCAGAUCAGUACCGUCAUUCUCUCAAAUCAGGAUGAGCAAACGCCAACAUACUUCACUCGUCGUGAGGGCGGUAGCGAAAAUUUAUCAAUAUCAAAAAUGAAAGCAAGUGAUUUCAUUCAUAAAUACCACAGCUGUAGGGGCCCUGAAACGUCUUCAUUGUGA